AUGAGUAAAGAUAACGAAGAUGACAAUACGCUGUAUCAGCUGGAGAAGUUUAUGUCCGAUUAUAGUAGCGAAGGAGAUGACAGCUCGGAGGAAGAAAGAGAGGACUCGAAGGAAAUUGAAAAAAAAAAAGAAUUUUCGCUAGAAAAGAAAGACGAAGAGAAUUUGCAAAAUCGAAUAGCUUUGAUCAAGGACAAGCGCUCACCUAAACUUCUUCAAGGAUGA